AUGACAGGCACAUCACCGUUCACCGGUGCUCAUCAAUCACCCUCAUUUCACUCUAAUUCAUACAUCCCCAAGAUGGAAGCCGAGUAUCUGCGCAACUUCAUAUGUUGCGACCUGAAGUUGGACACGAUGCACGAUCUGCUUCGCCACUAUGAGACGGUCCACACGGGCCAGAAUGCCCAGCCGAACCGGAAUGGGUCCGGUAUCCCAACGCCCCAUAGGCUUUCUGUUAACAGCCGACCGUCUAUGUCGAUGGGAAUUGGACGGCAGGAUUCGCAGGGCUUCCAGCAUCAGACGCAGAUGGGGUCGGGCCAACGGUUUGGAAACAUAGGGAACAAUCUCGGUUCCGGAAUGGGCUUUGGUGGAAUGCAGAUGGGAAGACAGUCUUCGGGGAUGGAUUCGAACGCUCAGAAGCGGAAUCAACAGUUGAGCCGGAUGCAAUCUAAUGACGAGAUGGACGCUGUUGGUGACAUGGAAAUGGAUGACACUGUCGGUAUGAUGGAGAUGGACGAUAACCAACGAACCAUCCAACAGACCCGACAAAUGUUCGGGCAGCAACAGAGGCCUCAACUACAAUUGAGCACCCCGGGCUUACAACAUCAAGCCCUCCGAACGUCGCAACCGUCCACGCCGGGUGCUGGUAACUUUGGCUUCCAGAAUAACCCUACAGUCUCGUCAGUCAAUACGCCCACCUUGACGACACAACAAAACGCAUUAGGACAACAACAAAUGGGUGGCAACAAGGACGGGAUGGGAGACAUGGACUUCUCUUCGUUGAGCAACUUGAACCUCAACAAUAUUGGAGGAGGCUUUGAUGGUUCUAACCUUUCCGAAUACUUCAUCGACGACCCGGCCAAGCGGCUUUACAGCCCGAACGGCGGACCGGCAAGCCAGAGAGCGCUACAACAACAGAUGGCUCAAUUUGGACUGGAUGCAAGUCAGUUCGCUAACAUCACUGAUCCCAACCAUUUAGCAGCACUUCAACGAGCAAUCGCGAACCCUGGAUCUUUGGUAAUACCGCCGGAGGAGGACAAACCCUUUAAGUGUCCGGUUAUUGGAUGCGAGAAAGCUUAUAAGAACCAGAACGGCUUGAAGUACCACAAACAACACGGUCACCAAAAUCAGCAGCUCCACGAGAAUGGAGACGGGUCUUUCUCCAUCGUAAAUCCCGAGACAUCUGCCCCUUACCCCGGCGAGACAGGCAUGGAGAAGGAGAAACCACACAAGUGCGAGUACUGUCACAAGCGUUAUAAGAACUUGAACGGUCUCAAAUACCAUAAGCAACAUUCGUCUGCUUGCGAGAUCCAAGCUCAAGCGGCUAAUAUCCGAGCCAACCUCGCUGCCAAUAACCAGAUGACUUUCAGUCUGGCCAAUCUCACUCACGGACUUCCCGGAAUAGGCGAAGAGAUGCAGCUAUAA